AUGCCCAUUACAAAGUUACUUGCUACAGCGGACAUCGACAAGGCCCUCAAUGCUGUCCAGACUCCUGGGAGCUUCGAUCACAAGAAGUUCUUCCAGUUGGUCGGUCUGAAGAACAAAACCCCUGAGCAAGUGAAGGAAGUCUUUAACAUCCUUGACCAAGAUCACAGUGGCUUCAUUGAAGAGGACGAGCUCAAAUGUGUGCUAAAGGGUUUUUCUGCUAAGGGAAGGGAACUUUCUGAAAGCGAAACCAAGGCUUUGCUUGCGGCUGGUGAUGAGGAUCAUGAUGGUAAAAUUGGAGCAGAAGAAUUUGCAAAGCUGGUGGCUCAAGUGUAA